AGAUGUAAAAAUAAAAGCAUCAGAUAGCAGCUAUAUUUGACUGUAAAAUGCUGUCGUUAAGUCUACUACAGAGCGAGAAAUCUGAGAAACAAGUCUACUCUUGUGCUAUUAGUACUAACGGGUUGGUCGCCGCCGGCCACUCAGAUGGAACCACAACUCUACUGAGACCGGACAGAGUUCAGGUCCUAUCAACCCACAAGUAUCCAGUAACAGCGCUGUGUUUUACUGAUAACCACCUCAUCAUAGCUAGUACAGACCACAAUAUCGUGCUGUAUGAUGUGGGGGCUGAUAAAGUGAAAGAGAAACUGAUGAUCCACAAAGGACCAGUGCGGUGCCUGUGCGUCAGUAAGGACAGUUCACUGCUUAUCAGCGGUUCUAGUGACCAGACCAUCUGUAUAACUAACAUACUGUCUAAUCCAGAGGUUGACAGAUACCUUAAACUUACUGAGAGUGAUUCAGGAAUGUUGUCUGGAGUGUGUAUAAGUUACGACAACUCACUGGUAGUUGCUACAGCCACCAGUGGUACAAUAUUCCUCUACGACACGACAUCCCCAAAACCAGUACAUAGUCACUACGAUGCGCAUCAAAUGGGGGUGAACGGGUGUGACAUCACUCUCGAGGGGGAACGGAACCUGCUCUGCACUGUUGGGGCAGAUUACCUGGUAAAGUUGUGGUAUGUAGAUAACUACGUGCUCACUUCGCACAAGACUCUCACGGGACACACGGGCCAGGUGCUUUGUUGCAAGUUUCACUUGUUAGGCGACAGUGAACUCGUUCUUUUUACUGGGUCGUAUGAUAAAACAGUGGUGAUAUGGAGUGUGGAAACUGGGGAUAAGAUUCACCAAUCUAUCUGUCACUCCAGUUUUAUCUAUUCUAUCUCUUUAUUUGAGGAUAAGUUAGUUACGUGUAGCUCAGACAAGACUGUGAAGCUGUGGAAUGUUUGCUCUGGUAAAGUCAGAUCUAUUAACGUUAUUCCUACUGCUUCUCAAGAGAUACUGACUGAUUGGUCUUCCGAACAGGUAAACAACUGGUUGGGUCGGUUAUUACCGGGCCAUGCAGACACUGAACUUGUUGGAAAAGAUCUCGCAAAUAUGGAUUUGGACACACUAAUGAACUCGAUAGUUUGUGACGAGGAGAAAAAGACACGGUUGAAGCAAUCUAUAUCGUUGCUACGUGCUUUCGACGGCAUUCCUAACGAGUUUCUGUGUCCAAUAUCCAUGGAAAUAAUGACAGAUCCUGUGGUAAUGACAGAUGGACACACAUACGAGCGAGCUAAUAUUACAGAGUGGCUCUGUGCUGGCAACUGCAGAUCUCCAUUUACCAACACCACUCUGUCCACUAAGUCCAUUGUGUCUAAUCACAACUUGAGGAAUAUCAUCGAGACUGUUUUCUUUUUAGAUUGAACUUUUAUUUUGUUUGUUUUCAGAUGUUCGGUUUGCCGUUUGAUCACUUUCUAUAGUUUUCUUUCAGAUCAGAUAAUUCGAGUUUGUAGUGUUUAAUGUUUGCGUUUAAGUCAGAGGUUUUUAUCGCUUUUCCUGCUAUUUUGAGGCAGUUUAAAAUCUUGUUAUGUUUCAAAUGUAUUGUAACUUUGUAAUGUUUAUUGCUUUUAGAUAAUAACAUUGUUAAAUAUCAGCUGUCCGAGACGAAAGGGAAACUCGUUAGCUUUUCGUUUUAAAGCGAUUUCUCGACGGUUAUCACCUCUCUAGAUGAUGCUUAAAACAUUUGGCCUGUAUUCAAUUUGUUUACUAAAUGCAAUAGGGUUUUUCGGCCACACCCUUUUCUAGGUUUUCUGUCAGUCUCUCGAAUUUUUGUAUUUCGGCCCAGGAAGGUGGUAGAGACUUUUCUGAUACACCAAAAUGUACCUGAUACACCAAAAUAUACCACAUUUAUAUACAACUUAUGAAGC